UGGCAACCCAGAGGGAGUGUGGUCGCCGAGAACCGGAGCAGCGGCGGAUUGUCCGCCACAGACCGACCGACGACAGGAGCUCCGCCGACCCGCUUCCUGAAGCCGCCGCUCACUUCUCCUGCCGAAGACAAAUUAAGAUCAAGCUGGUGAAGAAGCAAAAAGAGAACUUCUUCUUUAUGGUGGAGGACUGAUCUCGACCUCAUCAUUCCGGCCCUCCUGCCAGUUCUGUCCGUCGCUGGCGUCUCAAAAGAGAAACCCUCGAGGUGAAAGUUACCACACGUGGAGUCGUCAUUUGAGCACCAGCUUAAACAUAUUCAAACGGUUAUUUUACAUUCUGGACGAAGGUUAAAACCAAGAAUCUCUCUCAUACGUCUUUGUAACAACAUGGCAAAGAAAAACAGCCAAAGGGAUACAUCUGGUGUGGUGUUCGACACUCGCUCAAAAAUGGUCAUGUCCCAGGGAGGAACGGCGGAGAGAAUGAAGGAGAAGAUCAGUGCUGUCAGAGCAGUCGUCCCCAACAAAAGCAACAAUGAGAUUGUGCUGGUGUUGCAGCAUUUCGAGAACUGUGUGGACAAAGCUGUGCAGGCUUUCUUAGAAGGAAGUGCAAUUGAGAUCCUGAAAGAGUGGAAUGUCACAGGCAAAAAGAAGCCCAAGAAGAAAAAGAAGCCCAAGCCUCAGCCCGAGGCCUCAGCAGAGCUUGCUCCACCUGAGGCCACGUCGGCCGGGGAGGGCAAGGAUGAGAUGAACGGUUUUCAUGCCAACGGAUCGGUGAUGGACGGAGAGUCACUUGAUUCUCUGAGUGAGCAGUUGGACUCGGCUUCCCUCGACGCAGCAGAGCUGGACUCUGAACCCGCCACGUCUGAAACAACUGGUGCAGAAGCAGAAAGUCAAGGUCGAGCUCAGAGUCCCGUGUCUCAGCAAGAAGUGCGAAAUCAUCAGGGUCCCAGAGGCAACAAGUCCCGCCGCAGGCUUGGCUCAAAUUCACAUCCCUCCACCUCCUCAUUAGGACCCACCAUUGAUGAACAAGGGUCCCCAGCGGUCAAGAAGAUCGCUUCCACCAUUGACCGCUCUGUGAAGGACCUGCAGAGAUGCACCGCUUCACUGACCCGCUACAGGAUGGUGGUCAAGGAUGAGAUGGACUCGUCAAUCAAGAGGAUGAAGCAGACGUUUGCCGAGCUCCAGAGCUGUUUAAUGGACCGAGAGGUGACUCUACUCUCAGAGAUGGAUAAAGUGAAAGCAGAUGCCAUGGUGAUUCUGGACGCUCGGCAGAAGAGAGCAGAGCAGCUCAGACGGCUGACGGACAAGUCAGCGUCCAUGUCUGAGGAGCAGUUGACUGAACUGCGCGCAGACAUCAAGCACUUUGUGAGUGAGCGUAAAUACGAUGAGGACCUUGGGAAAGCAGUAAGAUUUACAUUUGAUCUGGAGCCGCUGAAGACGAGCAUCUCAGGGUUUGGAUCAGUUUAUCAUCCACGCACAGGUUACUCAAAUCGGUCCCGUUGCAGCUCCACGUCCUCUUCUGUCGCCAGCCCGAGUCUCCAGGAAACUCCUCCUCCCCCCACCCAGACCCAAAGCACCCCCGGUGAAAACCGCCCCCCGCCAAACAAACAGAUUUUCCAGGGCAACAGGCGUACUUUCCAGGGACACGGCUUUCACUCGGGAGGUCAGCGGUAUAACGGCGGUUCUUACAAUGAGAGGAAUGCUGGUCGUGCUAACCACCGCUACCAUAGCGAUGGCGCUCAUCCUUCACAGCACUCCAACAACUCGAGAGCUCCCGCCCACCCCUCCUCGUCCUCCCACAACCAAGACCGAUCGUCUCACAACGGGCUGCCACAGAGGCCUCCGCGGACGCACUGCCCUUGACAUUGGAAAUCCUGGUCUCGAUCAAACCCCUCGACUAACCCCUGCACUCUCCUCCCUGUACCCACCCACCCCCACCCCCCCGACGCCCUGCACACACCAUACUAACUCCUCUCAAUGAAGAAUAGAACACAAGUUUACAUACUUCCAUCAGUUGAGCUCUAGUGCCACCUCUCAUCAGUCCACUCAUCCUUCAAACUUGAAACGCUCUCACUGUUGUGUAGUCGCUCUUUCUUUCUUCUUCUCUCAUCCUGGUUUAGGUAGUAGCUUCUAUCUUUAGCCCCUUUGAGAGUUCUCACCGCGACGCUAUCGACAGAUCGUUCUUCAUCUUCUUUGCUUUUGAGCCGUCUGCCGGACGCAGCGACACAACGGUUUGUGCACUAUUGAAGUCGGACUCGUAGUACUGUUUCUAUUUCUGCGGUGGCGUAUGUCGGCUCUCUGAUUUGCACCUCAACUUUUUUUUUUUUUUUUUGUUCUUCUUGUCUCCCGGAACCAUUUCAAUGCCUUCGCCGUGGACGUGGUCGUGAAAGUGCAAAAGUAGUUCUAGCGUGAGCAGGGAUCAGGAGAGUAGACCUGCGAUCAACACUACAGACUAUUGUUAAUCUCUGCAAAGUAAAAAAAAAAAAAUCAUAGAGGACAUAUCAAACUAUAAUCCAGAGCUUUUCUUACGGCUGCUACCGACUUUAGGGAAUUUGUUAAAGCUGGGACUUAAAAGAGGAAACUCUGUGAACUCUUAAAGGAAAAGUUUCCAACAAUUUUGGGAAAUUCGCUCCUUUGCUUUCUGGCCCGAGCGUUAACGUUCAGACACGAGCGGCAUCGAUAUUCUUUCAGUAUGAAGCUACAGCUAGCAGCUAAUUAGCUCACCUUGGUGUAAACAACAGAACGCUCAUGUUACCUUUUCUUCUAACUCUCGGCCAGAAAGCAAAUAACAACAUUUCCCAAAACGUUCGAUGAUUCCUGUAACUUUGCUCCUCGCAGCGACGUGUCGUCCCGACCGGCGAGGUGCCGUGCUGCUGCUCUCGGCUUGUCAUUUGUUUCGUAACAAAGCGAGGGCUCGUUACCUUUUGUAGAACUAUGUGAGAGCAUAAGUUUAAGAGCUAGCAACAAAGGAAACUGUCCACAUGCGGCUUCAUGUUAGUUCUCCACAUUGUUCCGUGGCUUUUCAUCCACAGACGCAGUUUUUUUUUUGUUGUUGUUGUUGUUAAAUGCACACAAACAGCAUUUUUCUGACGUGCUUGCCUUUGGUCACAGAGCGACUUCACAUUUGCCUUUUUACAAACGUCUGCAUCACGACGGCUCUUUCAACAGAUGGCGCAUGCAGAUAAAACGGAGAGUAAGUUGCAAGAUCUUCUCUUCCUCUUUUUUAUAUCCUCACUUUAUCUCGUCUGUGAAAGUAGAAUCGAUCGAGCGCAUUGGAAGGUUGUUAUCGACUUCACAGACCUUUUUUCUAUCGCUUCCGAUUAGACGCUGCAAGGCCGUCGAUGGGUUAAUCUCUUCGUAUCGCCAACAAAAGGCUGGUGAAUACCUCAUUGCUGAUCUUUUGACGCGACCUGUUAUUGUACAGUUUUCUCGCAGCUGGUUCUGAGGAAGAGACGAGAACCACCCGAGUGAACCACCAUUUGUUUUCUUGUCGUUAUGAACCGAUGCUGAGCUGAGAGGCUGUCGAGUCGAACUGUCCGUUAGUUAUAGCUGCGUUUCCUUCAUGUGUCGUCUUCCCUCCAGCAGACUUUUAGAGGGAGAUUUUGAAAAGAAGUUUAUUUUUGGUUUGUUUCUUCUCCCAGUUUUUGUUUCUUAAUCAGCUUUUCUGAUCAUAGGGAGGUUUUUUUUUUUUUUUUUUUUAUUAAGAAAGAUUAUGUUCUUGAGUAUUUUGGGGAAAUUAGUUCUCAAUUGUUUGGAGCUUUUGGAAAAUUUGUGCUGUUUGACAGUUUGACUUAAAGGAAUUUGAAAACAAUUGGGAAAUACGCUGUUUUACUUUGUUAUCUAGAGAUUUAAAAAAAAAAAAAAAGGAAAACAAGUAAUUAAAGAUAAUGAAAUUUAUGCUUUGUCUUCUGAAGGAAAAAAUUCAGGGAUGAAGAAUAAGCUUCCGGGAUUGUCUCGUCCAAACAGGGUUCAGAAACAGGAGGAAACUGAAGUUUACGUCGAAACGACAAUCAGUUUGAUAGUGCGGCAGGUGAUGGUCUUCAGUUGUAUUUUCAAAUUGCUUUCAUUUUUUUCAAGUAAAUGACUCAGAAAACCUGACGCCAGAUGAAUCUGUUCCUCUACGGAGACGAGAGGUCGAAACCAAUCGAUUUAUUAUCAACACGUUAAUCGACGUGUGAAAAACAAAACAAGAUGAAUCAAUAAUCAAAAUUGAUGCCAAUGAAAUUUUCUGUCUACAAUUUAAUCAACUAAUCAUUUCAGCUUUUGAGUUCAGUUUGUACCAGGAGGUGAACAAAUGUUUUCUCCCCCUCGGGUGGAUCCAAUGAUCCAACUCUCGGUAAGAAAGCGAAAAAGUGUAUUUCCUGAAAAGUUGAACUGCUCCUUUAAGUGCUUUCUGAGGUUAUCAUGUCACAGAGAUUUUUAUUGACUGAAGUUGUUUGAAAAUCUAGAAUAAAGAGCUCGACCAGUUUCUCUGCGAAUCGACGGCGAGCCGCGGUGUGAACCGAUCGAAGCUGCAGGACGCUCGAAACGAUUCAGCUUUUACUCCAGAGGAUCUCCUGUUGGAGACGCUGGACUCAAUCAGAACUCAGAGGGAGAGACGGUUUAGUUUCCUCAUCUGGGAUUUUGUCUGUCUCGCUUUAACCACUUUUUGUUGUUUCACAUUCCAAACUGUAGGAAUAUUAGUUUAUCGCCAAAGAAAUAAUCGUCCCGUUUAUUUUUUUUUUUUAAGAAAAAAGUUGCUGCCUUUCUGUUUGUCUUCGUUUUUCAACAUUUCCAAAGGGUAAAAAUCCAACACUUCUCCUUUUCUAUUUUCUCCUCCUUUACUUUCUGAUUCCUUACUGUGUAUAUACAUAUAUGUAGCUUUAUAAUUUUGUGCUCACAUAGGGCAUUUUGUAUGUGAUAUUCAUAUUAGGCAAAAUGGAGGUUAAAACAUCUAGUCCAUUCAUUCUUCCAGUAGAGCCUGUGUCCUCCUCCAGACGGUUUCUCUGAGACAACUGUAAACUCAAGUGCCUUUUCUUGUCUCCCACCGAUUCAUCGACGUCCCCUCCACCAGAGUAUGGACCAAAGACAUCAGCCGUCCCCAACACCCCUGCGCUCUCUUUCUCCCUCUCACUGAAUGGCACACUUUUCAUUUACUACGAAUAAACCGUUUGCAAUACA